CUUCGGAGAGCGGCUCAAGGCGAGCCACUAGAGCUGAACAAUUAGAGCCCGGGAAACGAAUCCCCACAUCGAGGCGCUGCGCCUGCGCGCGUCCCACUCCGACUCAUAUACACACGCGCACAUGCAUCCGCUCCCUUUCUCUUCUGCAGCGGCGGGGAGGGAGGGGGGCCGCCAGAAGCUGGUGCGGCUCUCUCUGUUUGGAGGACACAAAGCGGCGGCUCCACUGGCAACCGCGCAGGGCUCUUGGAAAGGGCUGCGUUUCCCUCCUCCCUUCUGAAUGGAAGCGCUGUUUUGUAAAGCGCCCUUGGAUUUACCGUCUCUGGCGAUCGCGGGCGGAGAGGAGGAGGAGGAGGAAGAGGCAAGCAGGCUCCGCGAGAAGCGAUCGCUCCAGGGAGUGAAAUGCUGCUGCUACUGCUCUUGAAGGGAAGAAGUUGUUUAGCAUCCCUCGGCCCGACCUCGUUGCUGUAGCCGAAGAAGAAGAGAUGCUGCAAGGCACGGCUGCCUCACUGGCUUCCACCUCCUCGGCUGCCCCCUUGCAAGCGGAAGGCACCCAGGGGCCAAAGCAGCCAUCAUCGCAUCUGUGAGGGGAGCGAGGGCAGGGGCAUCAAGUGAUUCUGGAUCCCUCUGGACUCAUCGACGCGGUGGUGCUGCUGCUGCCGCCGCCGGCGGGGGCUGGCGCGGUGGAAAAUCGUUGCCCGCCCCGGCUGGGCUCAGUGUAGUAGCGGCUUUUGCUUGGUGGAUGUGUGUGUGAAUGAGUUCUGCACCGAAUGGGCGCAAAAAGCGCCCCAAGUCCACGGGCUCCAUCUUCCAGAUCAGCAAAACGCCGCUGCACAGCAGGGACUGUGAACGCAGAGGUAGCACCUCGGAGGGCGCCUACAAGACCCAGAGAGCGCUGGAUGACUGCAAGAUGCUUGUCCAGGAUUUCAACACCCAGGUGGCCUUGUACCGUGAGUUGGUCAUUUCCAUUGGGGACGUCUCAGUCAGUUGUCCAUCUUUACAUGCUGAAAUGCAGAAGACUCGAACCAAAGGAUGCGAGAUCGCCUAUCAGGCACACCAAAAGCUAGCGGCGAUCUCUGGCCCAGAAGAUGGUGAGAUUCAUCCUGAAAUAUGUAGACUAUAUAUCCAGUUGCAGUGUUGCUUAGAAAUGUACACAACAGAGAUGCUAAAAUCCAUAUGCCUCCUAGGAUCGCUUCAACUUCAUCGAAAAGGGAUGGAGAGUUGUGCAGUAUCUAAGAUCAUAGACAGUAAAGUAGAGGAGAGUUCAGAAGUUCCAAUUUUAGAAGAUACAUCGUCUUCACCAAUAGACAUCCAACAACAUGUAUGGCAAGUUUCCACAGAUAUUGAAAACACCGAGAGAGAUAUGAGAGAAAUGAAAAACCUUUUAAGCAAACUCAGGGAGACUAUGCCUUUGCCAUUGAAAAAUCAAGAUGAUAGCAGCCUCCUAAACUUGACUCCUUAUCCAUUAGUGCGAAGACGGAAGCGAAGAUUCUUUGGACUGUGCUGUCUUGUCUCCAGCUAGAAGCCCCAGAACAGAAGUGCACGGAUGACCACAGCCAAUACAAUUUGACCUUUAGUGGGAUACACUUAAAUGCUUUAAGUGAUCGUGUGUGUUUUCUACACUGCCCUAAUUAUAUUUCUUCCCCUCCUUUUCAAGAGUUUUACAGUUCGUUGCUGACAAGAUCCAAAUCGCAAAACCAAUGUAACAUUAUUAAGUAUAUUUUUUAAAACUUUUUUUAUGGCAUACUGCAUGUCUACUUUAAACCAUUUUGUGAUUAGAUGCAACCACUAUGACAAUUGAAUAAAACAUGCAGAGUUUUUUUAGUUUAGUGUACAAGCCACCACACCCAAUUGUGUACUGUACAAUAGUAUGACUGUAGCUCUUGCUAGUAUGAUGUUAAACUAUUUGAACAUAUUCUAUUAAGCAAUCUUAAUCCAUAGAAAACUAUUUAGAACAGCAAAACUGUGCUUAAGUUCUAAAGUGCUAAAAUAAACGGAGCCAAUAUAGUAAAAGAACAUGCACAAACUCUCCUAUUGCUUUUUGUGCGCCCAUUCAUAUUUAGUCUUCCACGCUAUAUCUCAAUUUAUCCAAGAUCUUCAUAGUACAAUAUCUUAAUUUCUAAUACGCAAGCAACAUAACAUUGAUAGGUUGAACCUGUAAAUAUGAAAUAGUUAUAAUAUCUACAUAUUGUACAAUGCAUAGAAAUAGCUAAUUUACUUUUUUUUCAAAGUAUCUAUUUCAGCUUUGGGAAGAAAGGACUAAACAUUUAAAAGAUGGUGUAGGAAACUAUACAAUCCACAGAUGUAAAGCAGAUUAUCCCAUUUUGUUUCCAUUAAAGGUUGAAGCAUGGUGUCUGCACAUCGACUUAGUGUUAACUGCUUAUAGGGCAUGCCAGAAGUAGCUCUGACUGUAAAAUAUUAAACAUUUUACAUUGUUAAUAAAUAUUUUUUAGUUAAAACUAAAA